AUGCUUAGCACUCUCGCUCGCUUCGUACACACCGAGACCGUACCGCGCCUGUGGGCACCACAUUUCAACGCUUGCGACUUUCACUUCUGUCGGAUAUUCCCUGGAGACAAGCCAGAACUAUCGAUUCAGCGCCAAACACAUCGUCUAUGCGAGAUACUGCGUCUCAAUCGCGGUCAGAAGGUGCUCCACAUAGAGUCCGGCACCGGCGAAACCGCCGUGGAGCUGGCACGGUUUGCCGAAGUCACCGUAGUCGGUUUGGAAGCCAAUGCUCACAAGAUACGGCUCGCAGUCGAUCGCGCAAGUCAGGCUGGUCUGUCUCAAGCUGUGUCGUUUGUGCAAGGAAAGUCGAUCGCGCAGCUUGCCGCACGCCUUUUUGGCAGGGAGUCCUUUGACGCCAUUAUCGUCAUCGAGGCUCUGCGAAUCGCGCCCACAUUCGCCUCUGCAUAUGCAGAGUGGCGCCCUUGGUUGUACCUGGCGGGAAGCGCUCGCUUUGGUCGCCACUUUCGCGCGUUGAUAGGUGGAAGGUCGCUCAUUGCACUUGCCUCUCCAAAAGCCAUGGAUGCCGUCUACCGCAACCGAGAGAAGAAGCUAGAGGUUCAACGCGCGUUCCGCCGUAACGCGCUCGGCGACAUCCAGUACCUCGACUUCGGCCGCAUGCUCACCGACGUCUUCUUUCCUCUCGUCGUCAACGCAAACGUCCACGCCGACCUUCACGCCACGGUCCCUCGCUGA